CGAGCAAGAAGUUUCGCAUUUCCGGUUCGAGCCGAAAAUAAAAGACUAACCAGACCGGACCGGGUGUCAAACGCGCCGCCAUACUCCAAAUCAUAACUCUCUAAACAGCGUCGUUAGUUCAUCUGCGACUCUGUGAUUUGUUCCUUUUCUCUCUGAAACCCUAACCCUAACCUCGACCGUCUGGAAGCCUCUUCAAUGGCGUACNAGACCCCUGAUAGAGAUUCUGAAUCGGAUCCGAAGACANCAACGCGUCUCUAUAAUCCCUACAAGGACCUUGAAGUCCCCAUUCGCAACCUCUACCAGCUCCCGACUUCCCCCGAGUAUCUCUUCGUCGAGGAGGCUCGCCGCAAGCGUCGAUCCUGGGGCGAGAACCUCACCUUCUACACAGGAUGUGGCUACCUUGCCGGCGCCGUCGGCGGUGCCGCCUCCGGCCUCGUCGAAGGCGUAAAGUCCUUCGAGUCCGGUGAUACCGCUAAGCUCCGCAUCAACCGCGUCCUCAACUCCUCCGGUCAUGCUGGGCGAGCCUGGGGCAACCGCCUAGGCGUCAUUGGCCUGCUAUACGCCGGCAUCGAGAGCGGGAUCGAGGCGGCGAGGGACACCGACGACGUCUGGAACAGCGUCGCGGCUGGACUGGGCACUGGCGCGUUGUAUCGUGCCGCGAGAGGGGUGCGGUCGGCGGCGGUGGCGGGGGCCGUUGGCGGCGUCGUGGUUGGAGUUGCUGUUACCGCGAAGCAGGCAUUGAAACGCUACGUGCCUAUUUGAAAACGACACAUUUUUGAAUGCGAAAGAAGAGGCGGAUGAUGGUGUUUAUGCAGUCAUUGUUCUUUUUGUUAAAAAUUAAGAUCAACUGUAGUUGAUUAUUCUGAAGUUUAUUUCUAAGCUUUCAGACUCAGUUAGCUGAUUAUUAUUACAGUCUAAUAGGUCGUGCUAA